AUGGCUCCACCACCUCAGGAUUUGGAUUUUACACUUAGCUGCAAGACAUUAUAUAGAGAUUCGAUUCUUAUAACAAGCUAUUUUAUCCAAAAAAUGAUUAUUUAUAGCAUAAUUCAAAAUAAAUACCAAGAAAUCCCAAAUCUGGUGUUAAAUGCAAAUUAUCAUAAAUUUAUGUUGAAAGGAAACAAUAGAGUUUAUUUAUUUGAGAAAGGCGGAAGGAUUUUCGAAAGCUCUGAAAACAAUAUUUUAAGUUGGAAUCAACUUUGAAAUAAUAACCUUCCAAAUAAUAACCCACUUCAAUCAAGUGCUGUUCAGUAUAAAUGCUGCCUUUAUUUCGUUCAUUAUAAAAAUGAACUGUGGAAAUUUGAUCUUGCUUCUAAGCGAGUUUCUCAGGUAGCAACUUUCUAA